AGUUUCUGUUUCACUAGACCUGGAGUAGGAUCCAGUAAUUUGCAUUUCUAAAUUAUCAAGGUGGUGCUGAUGCUGCUGGUCGGGGAUCACACCUAGAGAACUGUGCUUUAAAUUACGACUUGGGAUGUCCCUGAAAUGAUACUAUCAAACAGCCGCACAAAGCUGAAAAAUCACCUUGAGGUUUAAACUGGAAGUGUCAAGUCCUGAAAAUUGGCACCUCCUUCCGGUACAGCCACGCAAGGGUGGAAAGAAUAACGUUGCGUUCCACGCCCGGCCUCUGUCGGCUCCCGCCCGUAGCCACGCCCACCCACGCAGGGUCUGUCCAAGGGCCGUCCCGCCUCGCCGCUCCACGCCGGCUCCCUCAUUGGAUCGUCUCACCCAACCUCACGUUCCGCGGCUUCUCCCAGAGCUCCACGUUACGCAUACGCCACGUUACGUCACUUCGGCUCCCCCCACCUCCCCGCCGCCCCGGGGGGUCUCCAGUAAGCUGCAGGCUUCCGCCAGCCGCUUACGCGCGCGAGAUUUCGCGUGGCAGCCACCUGCUGAUGCGCAGGCUUUGCCAACCCAGCUUUUCGCCGCUGGAUACUGGAGAGUCCCAACAGUCCAUGAGGACAUGCGCAGAUUAAAACGGGGAACCGAGCAGUUUGAAGACUGAGAAACAGGGCAGCAGCCCUCCGGCCUGUGUUGUUCCUGUCCAGUUUAGAUAAGCAGGAUCCGGUGGAACGGACACCGUUUUCUGUUCUUUCAGAAGACAUCGACGGUACAAUGCCUGAACUAGUGAAGUCUCUGGCCCCAAAGAAGGGCUCCAAGAAGGCGGUGACCAAGGCCCAGGAAAGAGAUGGGAAGAAGCACAAGUGUAGCCGUAAGGAGAGCUACUCCGUGUACGUGUACAAGGUGCUGAAUCAGGGCCACCCGGACCCCGGCAUCUGGUGCAAGGCCAUGGGUAUCAUGAACUCGUUCGUCAGUGACAUCUUGGAGCGCAUCGCGGGAGAAGCGUCGCGCCUGGCGCAUUACAACAAGCGCUCGACCAUCACUUCCAGAGAGAUCCAGACGGCCGUGCGCCUGCUGCUGCCCGGAGAGCUGGCCAAGCACGGUGUGUCCGGGGGUACCAAGGCUGUCACCAAGUAUACCAGCUCCAAAUUUUUGUUUGAAGAAUGCAGUCUUCUCCCCACUCUCCUGACUCGUUUUACAAACUAGACCUGUAAAAUUCACAGAAUUCUGUAUUCAGCCGCCUGUCUUCACACUAGAGUAGCCACAUAAUAUAAAGAUUGGCUCUGCCGCCUCCAAUCUGUCCUUUUCUGUCCCUGGUGAGCUCCCUUCUGAGCCCAUCGCCCUAUCCUGCCUCCAUAUCUCCUCCCUCUGCUCGGUUCAGAAACUGUGGAGGGAUCCUGGCAAGGAAGAAGAGAGGGACCCAGGGUCGGCUCAGAACGCAGAGAGGAAGAACUGUGGAAGUAGAGAUGCUUUUUAAUGUUGUGAGCUGAACACUAAGGUUUGGAAGCCUACGGUUUGUGAUCGCAUAGUGCCCAAGAGAUUAAACCCCGGGAAAUAAAGAGCAGGGCUCUUCCCUCAUUUCUCCAGAAACUGCAAGGUAGAGGUGUCCUUCAGGAAGUCAGGUGAAAAAGGUUCAGUUGAGGGCACUUCACCCAUAAAUGGAAAUGCCAAAUCCACCCAAGCAUUGCUAUCAGUGUCCUUGAGAAACACUCAUAGCCAGCCUCCAGGGCCAGUCUAUCUGGUCUCCAUUUUAUUGUCUCAAAAAGGUAAAUAAUAAAAUAAGCACGAAGAUACAAACAAGUCUUUAUUUUCAGGUUACUGAAUUACGAUUCGACUGUUUCUGAUCACCUUGACUUUAGUCUGAGGUAAUUCUGAAACUCCUCUGUUCAUAGGGUAUUUAGUUUCCAUUCCAGAGUCACCGUGAGGGCUUUUUGUUUUUUACCUGCUCACAGCCUUUGGAUAAUCACCCACCUCACAAAAAUCAAAAAUCUGUGCUAUGGCCCCAAGCCCUGAAAAGUCUGGCCCUCACCUAACUCUCCAACCCAACCUCAGAGGAUUCUUUUUCUCCCUUUUGUUUUGUGUUUCUUCAUUGUUUUUUGGUUGUUUGGUUUUUUUUCCAGGGCUUUGCUGUUUUUCUCUGUCUGAAAUGCCCCUGAUUCCACAUCCAUCCCCAGCACACACACAUUUAUUGAUCAACAACUUCAAUUUCAGCUUAAUCAUUAUUAUAUCCUUGGGGAAGCUGGCCUCCAUUGUUAAAGGCUCUCACAGUCACAAACAACUGGAUGUAUACCCAGCCCCCCAAAUUAAUCAUUACUAAGGGGACAUGGGACCCUUAGGAUUGAUGUGGUUGAAUCAGAACCCCAUUCCUGAGGCUAAGAGAGGGACUCUGCCUUCCCUGGAGCACAAGACAGGGAGGAAAGGGACACCUCAACAAAAUUGAGUCUAUAUUAGAAAGGAAGAGGGCAAAUGACUUUUGGCAAGGCACUUGCACUGCCUGAUGUAAGGGCCUUCUAGACAGACAGAAGGAGCAUCCACCAAGUUCAUUCAUAUUCAACUGCCAAGCACUAAAUUAGGUACUGAGGACAUAAAGCAGUUGAGUGUGCAUCAGAAUCACCCAGAGGGCUUGUUAAAGGACAGAUUGCUGGUCCCAUUCCCAAGUUUCUGUUUCAUUAGCUCUGGGGGAGAUCUGAGAACUCGGCAUACUAAAAAGUGCCCAGCAGAUACAGUGCUGCUUAUUUGGUAGGAGGCUUUGAGAACAUCUAAUAUAUGGCGAAGAACAAGCUACCAAAGCCCCUGCCCACAUGAGAUUCCUGGUGGCAAAGAUAAGUGUAUGAUAGAAGAAGGUGAAGGGUGUAGAUGUCAAACAAUGAAGUUUAAAUUUAUUUUGGAGAUGACAAAAAUUUAUAGAAAGCUUCUGAGCAGGGACUGACAUAAUUGGCUCCAGUGUUAGGAAGGUGUCUCUAAUGGCAGUAGAGAAGCGAUUCCAUUCAGUAUUUUGUCAAAUAUUGAUUGGAUUUCCUCUGUGAGAGGCCUUAGUUACAGCGGUGAGACAGACAGGCUGAUCUUCUGGGGCUGAUAUCCAAAUGGGAGGAGAGAGAUAAUCAACACGUUGAUAACUCAGCAAGAUAUUUCAAAUAGAAGUUCUGAGGCCUGUGAAAUUAUUUGAAAUAAAACCACGUGCUGUGAUAGUAACUACGUGAUGCUUUAGAUAAGGGAACCCACAACCCAGGGAAUAAAAGUUCCAGGCCAAGGCAGGGAGGAGUUUGUGCUCAAGGAAUAUAAGGUCUGUAUGCUAGGAGAUUAGUAAGGUAAAGGGGUAAAAAUGAGGCUGGGGAUUAAACAGGUACUUGAACAUGUUGGACCUUAUAGGCCAAAAGAAGGCACCCAGAUUCUUAUUGUGUCAUGGGAAACUCUUAGAAUUUUUAAUAACUCUAGCCACUAUGGGGAGAAUGAAUUUUAUGGGAUUAAAAGUAGAAAGAAGCAGGGAAUAAAAUUGAAGGCUUAUUGCAAUAAUUCUGGUGAAAUUAUUAGAUUUAGGAGGAGAAAGUCAAAAGGAUUUAUUGAAGAGUUAGGUUUUAUGGGUGAAGAAUCAAGUAGCUAACAUUUGUUGAGCCCUUUAUAUGUUUAGGAAACUAUGCCAAGCUCUUUAGAAACAUAAACUCACUUCAUCUGCUCAACAUACACAUUAUCUAGAUGCAACUUUUCUCUCCUUUUAAUUGAGCAAAGUGUGGGGCUGGUGUUAGACCCAAGGCAGUGUGGCUCCAGAGGUUCUGUGCUUAUCUACUGCCCUGCAGUGCUAAUAAAGUUCUUGGAUAAUCAAGAAUUCUAGGAGAGGAUGAGUUUUCUGAGACUGGAACAUGACAAUUUUUAAAUCCCCUUAGCAACUCCAUUGUAGAUAUCAAGUGAGUAGUUGUAUAUGUGAGUUUGGAAUUCAAAGGCAAAUGGGGACUGGACAUAGAAAUUUUUGAAAAUUUUGGAAAUAGAUAUUUUAAUGUCAGCAUGGCAUGAGAUUGGAGAUUACCCAUGGAUGAAGAAUAAAGAAGUGAGUUUAUCCUGGAGGCAUUCCAAACUUUAGAGAAAAAGAGACAGCAAAAGAUUCUAAAGAGUGACAAGUGAGUUUGGGAGAAAAUCAGGAGAGCGGAGUCAAAAAAGUCAAGAAAAUAAUGUAUUUCACCAAGGAGGACAUGACCAAGUUGGUGUGAUGUCUAGAAGGCUAAGAACAAACAUGAGCUUUGGAUAUAGUUAAUAGAGAUCCCUGGGAACUCGGGUUAUGGGACUGAAGGGCGGCCCAGACACCAUCUGGGACAACUUCAGUACUCAAUUAUUACUUCUUUCCUAGGAACAGCUCCACUCAGGGCUGAGCGCCAUGUGUGGCCAUUAUGUUUUUACCCUCUGUCUUGGGCCAUCAUAUUUGAUCGAUGCAGGCAUCUGCCCAGCUGGAUCAAUCAGAUUUGUUUUCCUAGAAAUUAGGAAAAGUAACUGAAGAAAAAGAUAGGACCGAGUAUUCACUAAUUGCUUAAGUGUGGUCAGCAAACUUAACUUUCAAGAGAAUUUUUUUUUGUUUAAAUAAUCUGGAAUUGUUUUUUUUUUAUGUUUACAUCCAAAAGAACUUCCAUUAAUGCACUUGCAACUUCUUAAGAAUAUAUGUAAACUAUAUUUGUUAAACAUAUGCAUAAACACAUAAUCCUAUGUUUUCACUCAGUCCUCACGAAACAUUACAGUCCUCACGCCUACAUUACAGAUAAGGGAACAGUGGUUAGUAAUUUACCACAGACCACAAAGAUAGAAAAUGGUAAUUCAAGACUUCAAGUGUAUGUCUUCAUGGUUCAAAAUGCCACUUUCUUUUUCUCUGGACCUCUGAGAAAUGUCAUGAGAAAUAAGAAUGCUUAUAAUAGCAAUAAUAAUAGCCCAAACAUGGAGCAUUAACCAUGUGCCAUGCACUGGCCAAAAUGCUUAACAAAUAUUUAAUGUUAUUCACCCCCAAACAUGUAAGAUAGGAACUACUGUUAUCUCCAUUUAUGAGGAAACAGAGGCAUAGAGCGGUUGGUUAAGACACAGAGACAAAGAAUAAGCAUCCCUCUGUACAAGCUUUCCAGCUCCUUUUUAUCUCUGAAAAGGGGUAUUGGGAAUGUUUCUUGUAAACUUAAUAAAUGAUUUAUUCAAUGACAUAGACCCUGUUGAAUAUAUUUAUCAAGACUAGCAAUGGAAGACAAGCUCAAUGGGCCUUAAGAAGAAAUUCAUGGACUUCCUCCUUAAUCAGGCUAAAAAAUAAACACCCCACUGUUUUAAUUUACUUUUAAAUCUCAUGAGAUACAGUCAUUUUGGGCCUUCAGGCCUCUGAGAAUCAAAAUUUUUCCAAAUGGGCUAUCUUGCAUUCUGAGUUAUGAAGUGUUAAGACCUGAUCUAACUUCUCGAGAAUAUAUAGGUCUAUUGCACAUAGUGAAUAAAUGGUGACAAAUUUACUCUUUUUCAAUGUGUUCUUUAUGCAUUUUGUCUGCCCUUUCCUCUCUAGCCUUAAAUUUUGGAUCUUUACACCUCAGACUCUAAAAUCCUAGACUCCAAGCUGUUGACAGGAAUCCAUGGAGCUCUGGGAAUUCCUUUUAUGAGCCCCAUGAAAUAUCUAUCUAUGUCCAAUAUGUGUACUUUUUACCAGUUUCUCAAAGGAGCUUCUGAUCCACAUGUUGUUAAGAACUACUCUCCUCGGGGAAACAGUACUCUGAAAUAUCCAGAUUACAACUGCUUAAGACAUAUGGAUAGCCCGCCCACCCGUCUCUAACAUGUAAUGAGCCCCUAUUCUGUGUUCUGUCUAGCAUGGAACACAGUGGAAGAGAUGUCAAGGAGAGAGGCUCACUUGGCAUUAGCUUUCUUUGAAAGAGCUUUCUGGCCAAUGGAAGGACAGUCAUACUGGUAAAUAAGUUGAGAAAACCGUAUUUGGUAUGAUAAAGUUAAGUUGCUGUAACAGAGACUCAAAAAUAAGUUAGCUUAAAGACAGUCUUGUUCAUGGAACAGAUACACCAUGAUUAGUCCAGCUCUGUGAGGCAGCUCUGCCCCUCCUGAUCAAUCAGGAACUCUUGUUCCUUACAAGUCAUUGUUCUGCCACCCCUAGAGCCUGAUGGUCUCUGCUGGGUCAAACAAGAUCAGCACCUUCAUAGCUGGCAGGAAGAGGAAAGGUUUUAAAGCCUGGGAGUGUCUUCUACUUACACUCCAAAAAGAGCACUUAGUCACAUACUCCCGUCUGCUCCCGGACAAGCCAGCAAUGUUAUCUCACACUAGGGAGCCACCUGUCCAGCUAUACCUUAUUAUAAUACAGUGAACCACUUUCACUGGAAAGAAAUACCAGUUGUAUCACAAUAAACCAAGAUGUUUUCACAGAAUAAAGACCAUUCUGAGGACACCAAAGAAUACAGUGGCAUGCUGACAAUCCUGAGAGACUGUAGAAAGUUUACAGUAGGUAAGAAAAGGAAAUGGGUAACCCACUUGAGAACUGCUCAUUUUGCCUUAUUUCCUGAUGUGUAGAGAACAAGGUGGGAUUUGACUCAGGAAGACCUGGAUUUGAAGGCCCAGUCCAGCACUUUUUGUCAGGAUACAUGUUAUGCAACUCUCAUCUAUAAUUUAAGGUAAAUGUGCUUGUAAUCAAGUCUAAGAAUAUUCAAGAUAAAGAAUCAACAUAAGUUGGUAAACAUAAACCUGUAUAUUUAUAUCAAGCAUUUAUAUCAACCUUAAUAAAAGCUUAUUUUGGAUUGAGAAACCAGUAGCUUUGGACAUGGGAAGACAGCUCAGAGAAGCAGAGACAAGUUGUCCUGUCUCCAUUCCACUUUUAAAUAAGAAACGCCAAGUACUCUUUUAUUUUACUUAAGUAUAGUUGAUUCACAAUGUUAAUUUCCAAGUACUCUUAUUGUUUCUCUGGUAGAACUUGACUGCCUUCGACAUAUUUUAUGUUGAUUGAUCAUCCCCCUUUCUCCUCCACCAUUUAUCAUGUGAUAUCCAAGAAGGCAGACUGUUUUAAUGUCUCCAGCCCACAGAAGUGUCUACGUUCCAUUUUCCUAGCAUCAGGGUUUACCUCUUACCUCUUCUGUGAUGUUCUCCACCUUUUUUCACUGACAGUUGUGCAAAAUGUCAUCUGCAGUUUACUGUCCUGUUGGUCUCCUAGCUAUAAGCACACUAAAUACAUUGAAUAUACAGUUCGACCUGAGGUUAUGGACCAGCUUUAGCGACCUACCUGAAACAUACAAAAAAAAAAUCAGAUAAAAUCAACUUAAAUUUACAGAUUGUAAACAGUACUUGACCUAAACAUCUUAACAAAAUAUUAGAAAGCGCAAAACUCUUUUGAGUGAAAGAAUAGGUGGCCCUGAAAAGGGCCUUUGGUUUUAGUAGGCUCAGGGAGAUGGCCAACAGGAGUUCAGCCGCCAAAGCCAUAAAGAGUGCGGCCCUGCCGCUUGAGCGCGUAGACCACGUCCAUGGCGGUGACAGUCUUGCGCUUGGCGUGCUCAGUGUAGGUUACAGCGUCCCGGAUCACGUUCUCCAGAAACACUUUCAACACCCCACGGGUCUCCUCGUAGAUAAGACCAGAGAUACGCUUGACGCCACCGCGUCGGGCUAAGCGACGGAUAGCAGGCUUAGUGAUGCCCUGGAUAUUAUCUCGCAGA